AUGUUCACUGCUCGCUUCACCGUCCUUGCACUGCUCGCCUUCCUCGCUGGCGCCAACGCGGGAUGUGCAACGUGCCCGGAAACUUUGGAAGUUGACGGUAAGGUGGCCUACGAGUUAGUCAACAGCUACGUGAGGUCCGACGACGGGUACACAGAUUGCACUUAUGUAGGUAAAUCGGGCGACGAAGUGGCCUGCGAGUAUGCGAACGUCGGCGUGUUGGAGGACGGGGAUGCGCUGUGCCCGAAGGUGUCAAGGAUGGAUGGGUAUGGGUGCUGA